UGUCAGUUCACGUAAUGUUUAGUUUGAGGUUCAAACAAUAACAUUGUGUUAUUGAUAAAAUAAAUGUAAACUAUAAGGAGAGUGAAAUUCAUUGAUAUAACUUAGUAUAGUGAACGAGAAUGGGACAUCAUAUCAGUUCAAUGUUCUCCAGUUUGGGAAGAUUCUUCGAGUACCCAGUGAAGCGGAAACCUAUUUGUUUCUAUAGGCAGGAGGACUUUAGUGCAACAGGUGAAGCACAUAGGAAGGUGGCAGAUAUGCAGCGGCAGGCUGCGACAGACUACGACAAAUUGGUUGAUUUGUUCUACACGAGACUGGCCGAGCAACGACAGUAUAAUCAAGAAAUGAAGGAGAAGGACCGUAGAUGGAGUAUGCAGAAGGUAGUGGAGCGGUUCCCAGGGUGGAACGAGGUCACCAUAGCCAACCUGCACAGCUUGUUCCUGCUCUUCGACAACCAGUCCAAUGGCAUGCUUGGGUUUGAUGACUUCGGAGCAGUAUUGGAGAGUCUUGGAGAUGAGAGCGGCAUGGACGUGCGGAAAGAGAAGUUCAAUGCCGCAGACACAGACAAUGACGGCUGGAUCACUUACGAUGAGUUUCUAUCAUUGGUGUAUAAUUUCAAUCCUGGCGAGGAGGGCCGUGUCACAGGGCUGGCCGCUAUGUGCAACGAUGUCGCAGAGAACAUACAGUUUGUCAGCAAUCUCACCGUUGGCGAGCAACUCGAAUACGGCUUGUUUUAA